AUGCCACCAGUUAAGCAUUAUUCUUCUAGUGAAGUGAAUCAGUACGAAUUAUCAACAAGAUUAUUAUCUCUAACAGAAAAUAACACAUCUUAUAGUCUUACACAAAUAAAUGGACAGAGAAUUUAUAGGAAGGCUCCCCAUGCGUGGACUGGUCCAGAACCUUCAAGGAAUUGUGAGGUAUUCGUCGGAAGGAUCCCUCACGAUUGCUUCGAGGAUACGCUGGUACCGCUGUUUCGCCAGGCCGGCGAGCUGUUCGAGUUUCGCCUGAUGAUCAACUUUUCGGGCUGGAAUAGAGGGUAUGCCUUCGCUAUGUAUACGACCGAAGCGGAGGCGAGCAACGCCAUACGGAUGUUCAACAACUAUAUGAUCCGUCCGUCUUGGCAAUUGGGUGUAUGUCCCUCGAUCAACAACUGUCGUAUAUUUAUCUCGCGCAUCCCGCCCACUACUCCGUCCGCUGAGAUCGUGCGUCUGCUGUACGCUUUGACGGACGAAGUUCAAGAAGUGCGCAUCCGUCGUUCCAUCGCCUCGUGCGCUGCCAUAGUGGAGUACAAAUCCCACCGCGGCGCCGCAAUGGCACGUAAGGCGUUGGUGGCCGCUGCGGCUGCGGCGUGGGGCUGUGGCGCGCGGCCCGCCGUCGACUGGUCGCUGCCGCAAUCGCCGCAACUACUCAAACAGUACCGAGAGGUGGGGCGCUGGACGCCGGAGCGCGGCGUGGAGCUGACACGCGCUCCGGAGGAAGGCGGCGCAGGCGCGGCUGUGGCUCCCACAGCGCCGUCCUACACUCUGGAGCCCUGGUCGCAGGCGCGCCGUCUGCGCAUGAUCCACGAGGCGCAGCGCAGCGCCGCCGCCGCCGCCAACGCGGCCAAUGAGUGGUCGACCCGCAUCGCCAACGGCGUGGACUCGCUGAUGUCGUCGAUGAGCAACCUGAACCUGAGCGCGGGGCUGUGCCUGGAGGCGGGUGAGCGCGCCGUGUGGGCGCCGCCGCUGGGCGCGGGCGGAGGCUGGCUGGGCGGCGCUGCGCCCCCGCGCCAGGCCGCCCGCGACUUCAACCCUUGGACGGCGCGCCACCCACUGCAGGAGUUCAUCGCGCCUACCAAGAACGAGUGAGUGGCCAACGUUUACUCGCACUUAGCCACGUAGCUGUGAAACUCAACGACUACGUCGACGUAGCGUCGGCAAAGAAAGACUUGCAUGCGAUUAUUCCACGUAGCAUGAUCUAUUUUCUUGCAUUGUUUUUUAUUCAAUUUUAUUUUAACUCGUGCGUAAAUGAACGAUCUCGUGCUGUGCAAAUUGAAUUUUUUCGCAGUGUGUACUUAGUACGUCUUUGAGUCGGUAACUUUGGUGAAUACCUAAUAGGCGAGGAAGCUCCAAAUCCAAAUUAUACGUGUAGCUCUCGCAAAUUGCUGUCUUGAUUUUGUUAAUUACCUAUAUUAAACGCCUUGAGUUUUAAUGUAUUGGUGCCAUCAUAAAAACUGAAAUAUAUUUAGGCUUGAACAUUUUAAAUGUAUGAAUGUAGGAGACAAACUAAAGACUUUAUCGAAACUGUGUUGCCUAUGAGUAAAAUCACAUUAUCUUGCUGAAAAUAUCACAAAUAACCAAAGAUGACGUCUUCAUAAAACACUAGUCAGCAAGGAGCUGUGUGUCUAC